AAAUCUCAUUUCUCUCUCUUUAAAAACUCGCAUUCUCUUACUAUACCCCUCUAUACAUACUUCUCUCUCUCUUCAAGAGUAAAGUUUUAUCUCGAGAAUUCAUGUCGAUAUUGAAGGACGCUCAGCAGAGAAAAUUAGCUUUUCUUGGGGGUUUCAGAGGGCAUGUCUUGUUACUUAUGUCUUAUUGGAUAUUUGAAAAGGGUCAGCCAUUGCCUAAAUUUGGUGAAUGGGAUGUCAAUGAUCCUGCCUCUGCUGAGGGAUUUACUGUAAUCUUUAACAAGGCAAGGGACGAGAAGAAAACAGGUGGCAAACCUGAGUCACCAGCAAAGGCUGAUCCUCAUGCUAAGCCUAGAGCGGAACCUGGCAAAACCCAACCUAAAAAAUGGUUUUGCUGCAUUCAAACUCCAGCUGCAAAAUGAUGAACUCAAAUAAGGCUAAGAGCUUCCACAAGAAUGUUAAAGCCCCGCCAUAUAUGCCGAUACAAGAUAGGAACUAUAGGGCUUGAUAAGCCCGUCUAGAUUUCCAUUUUGUGGUGUAAAAUUUAAUUCUGGGGGAAGAAUUAAACAAGACAAACGCUUGCUGUAUCUAUAUAUUGAUUUGGUGGGUUGUUAUCAGAAACUGUGUUAUUUCAUUGCCUUUUCCGCCUGUGUUACAAAUCCUUAGUGCUUUGCUGUUAUACAUGUAAUUGGUGUGUUUUC